AUGCGAAGCCUCCAGGAGGCUGAACUCUGCUUCCCACAACUCCUCAACUCCUCCUGCAGGAAGAUCAUGCUUCCUCAUUCAACCUCAGCGCUCAUGUACUGCUUACUGUCCUGUGUGUCUUGGCUCACUGUGACCCUUAACCUGCUGGUCAUCAUCUCUAUCUCCCACUUUAAGCAGCUCCACACGCCCACCAACAUCCUCCUCCUCUCCUUGGCUGUCUCAGAUUUCUUGGUGGGUUUCCUCAUAGUCUUUCAGAUCCUUCUCAUUGAUGGCUGCUGGUAUCUUGGCGACUUCAUGUGUGUUCUGUAUUACAUCAUUGAUUAUGUUAUUACAUCUGCAUCAGUAGAGAACAUGGUUCUCAUAUCAGUGGACUGCUAUGUAGCUGUUUGUAACCCUUUCCAGUAUCCCACCACAGUCACACAAAAAAGGGUUUGUGUGUGUGUUUCGUUGUGUUGGAUGUUUUCUGCCGUCUGUGUCUUUAUAGUUUUUAAAGAAAAUCUGGGACAGCCAGGCAGGUUUAAUUCAUGCAUUGGAGAGUGCGUGGUUGGAUUUGAUAAAACUGCUGGAAUAAUAGACAUCUUGUUUUUCUUCAUCGGUCCUGUCACCAUCAUCAUCAUUCUGUAUGUGAGAGUGUUUGUGGUGGCCGUGUCUCAGGCUCGGGCCAUGCGCGCUCGUGUUGCAGCUGUCUCCCUCCAGGGUUCAGUCAGAGGUAACGCUAAGAAAUCUGAACUCAAAUCAGCCAGGACGCUUGGGGUUGUUGCAGCUGCAUUUCUAAUAUGCAUAUGUCCAUACUUUUUUCUCUCAGUUACCGGUGGGGAGACCCAGUUUAGUGCUUCAUCCUUUGCUUUUUUUCUGUUUUAUCUUAACUCCUGUUUAAACCCAUUGAUCUAUGUCUUAUUUUUUCCCUGGUUUAGGAAAACUAUUAAACUAAUUUUCACCCUGCAGAUACUGAAGGCCGGAUCCUCUCAGACCAACAUCAUGUAGAGAGUGAAGUUACAGACUUACAAUCUGGACAUGUUCUGAUCUGUCGAUGCAUUUUCCUGCUGUUCACUGUCAACUCCAUUCCCUUGUUUUGAUAUUCCAGAUUCAAUGUAUGAUUAAUUUAUGAAUUAUUCUACUCCAACUAACCACAAUUUGACCAUACAUUUUCAACUUAAUUUCUUAAGUGAGUCUUCAAACUUGAAUUUCUUUUUUCCUCCUUAUAUUUUAAUCAUCACAGUCAUUGCAGGACCUUUUUUCCUUUACUUCUAAUUAAUCUAUCCUGGAUUUGUUGUGAGGAUAUCAAUUAAUCUCUGGCUCAUAUGGAAGCCAUAUGGUCAUAUGAAAGUUGAUUGUGUGUGUAAAAAAUGAAUACAGAAAUAGAGUAUAAAUGAUAUUUCAUGACUGUCAUUGAUAAAAACAGAACUCUAAUGUAAUUUAAGUCAGUGGAUUGGCUCAAUUGGGUGAAAAGUUCACUGUUUUACUAUUUAUAAACAAGGUGGAAGCAUACUUGUGUGGUUUUAUCAAUGUACAGACCUGCUUUAUGCAGUGAUCUGCGAUCAGUUGAACAUGUUGACAUAAAUAUGUUGUAAUUUUCCUACUAUCAAGAAAAUUGCUGUUUGUGUCAUGAAAAAACUCAUAAUUACUUCACAAAUAUUAUAUUUUUCACCCAUGGAGGUCACCAUUUUUUCACCUGUGCAAUGCAUGCUGGGUUUGGUCCUUUCUGUGCUGGAAUCUACAGAGUAAACACAGGAAGGCUGACUUUCCCUGAGUUGUGCAUUUGACUGGUGUAAUUCACACUGCAUCACUAUUGGAUGCAAUUAAAAAAUAAAAAAAAGAAAUAGUGAGGUGAGUGCAACACUUCCCACUUGAAAUAAAAGCACAAAAGAGCACAAUGGAAAAGAGGUGAACACAACAACUUUCUUCUCUCAACUUUUCUUUCCAGAGGACUUUGAGUCGUUUGUAAAAACAAAACUGAUGAAGGACCCAACAAGUGGUUGUUUUACUCACAAGCUAAAACCAAAUACUGUGCCGAUCAGUUUUAUCCACAUAGCGCCUAAACCCCGCCGUCGGUUAGCGAGUGAAAGAUGCUGGAAGAAACAUCAGAGGCAGGAAACACUGGAAGUUCUUUUAAAUGAUAACAAAGUUAUUGCUACUGUCGCUGGUACUGAAUGUGAAACUAUGGGCCUGACACCAGACUGAAGACUAGACCAUGAACUAUUUACUGGGUCACACAGUCUGACCAGAGGUACAUGUCAUUCAUUGUUUCAAUUGCAAAGCUAAAGGUGGCAGCAGCACAAACACCAGCUUCUCCAACCAACUCUGUCCUCUUCCUCUGUUUGGUCCUCCUCAUCUGAUUCAGUUGUAACGUUUAUUGUUACAACUGGAUCCCUUUAAGACUAGUUGGUCCAACAGUACAAUGAUCCAGAACACUAAUCAAAACAUUUUUUGGAAUGGAUAAAGAAGGCUAAACACUCUCAUGGUUUGAACAAGUCUGGCAUGAUGUUUAGUUUCUGAAGCAGAAAACCAGCUCCUGGCCACCAUGUUUGACUGUUAUCAUAUUUAUUUUACCGCAAUUCUGUUAUUCUUUCUUUAUGUGAUGUAACUGGACACACUCCUAAAAGGUUCCACUUCUUUCUCAGUAGUUUAGAGAAUAUUAUUCCAAAUGUCUUCAAGAUUUCAAGACAAGGCAAACGUCAUGCAGGCCUUUUGGACAGUUUUCUACAGUAAUACUUUUGACCUUGAAACCUCUUAAGAGAGGUAAGAAAGUCUCUUUCUUACUGUUGAUGAAAACCGACUGAGGGAACUGAGGCCUGUCUUGUUUUAAAUGUCCUGGGUUACACCGAGACCUCUUGGAUGAACAAGUUUCUCAUUUAGCCUACUUCCUGUAGUCAUUGGGGCUCUAUUCAAGAAAUGUUUAAUAAUGUUUUCCCUACGUAAUAUUUUGUUUUGAACUUGAUGAAUCACUUUUUUGUAUUGACUCUGUGAGGACUUGGUUUUUUCUGUGUGUUAAUUUAGGUUUCUGUGUUCAUUUGAGUCUCCGUGUUGUCCUGCCUACCCUUUGACUGUCUCCAGCUGUCUCUUGUUUCCCCUUGAUUAGACCCUGGUGUAUUUAACCCCACCUGUGUCUGUGGUUCCCUGUCGGGUCCUUGUCUAUUCUGUUUGUCAAAAGUCAUGUCUGUUGUCAGUCUCAAGCCAGAGUGAGAGUCAUUGCCUCUGCUCACCUGUGCUGCCUGGAAUUGUGUUUGUUGUCAUUUCAUCAUUAAAUCAUAAUUUCUCUCACUUCAA